AUGGGCGAUCGCUACCACAGCUCGCAGUCACCGCGCAAUAGCGAUGGCAGCGUCUCGGACGAGCGCUUUAGCAAACUUGUCUCGGAGACCAGCAAGGGCAUUUCCAGCUUUAAUCAGCUUACGCGCAGCAUUGCACAGAAAAUGUCCUUGUUUGGGACACCGCAGGACUCGCGCGCGAAUCACGCGCAGAUCAAGGAGCUGACCGAGAAGGGCAACAAGAUCGUGGCCAAGAUCAACCGUCGACUGCAGGAGCUCAGUCGAGGCGCCAAAGGCCCGAGCGGCCGCACGCGUCGAACGCAAGUGAACAAACUCUCGGCUGACUUUAAGAACCAGGCACGUGUGUUUGAAGAAACCUGUGAGCGACUGCUCGAGUCGGAGCGACAGUCGGUAGAGUUCAUCCGUCGCUCGUCGCAGAGUUUUCGAGGUGGAGACGGACGCAAGUCACGGGGCGAUGGACCUAAGCCACGUGGCGAGGCCGAGUUUACGAACUACAGUGAAGACCAGAUCUACGCUCAAGCUAAUGUGGUCAUUUACGACGAAGAUGAUAUGCAGCGGCGAGAGGACGACAUAAUCCAGAUCAAUCACCAGCUGCGUGAGGUGAAUGCGGCUUUCCAGGAGAUUGACGGGCUCGUGCAGGACCAAGCGGAGAUGGUGGUGGAUAUCGUGGAAAACACCGACACGGCCAAGGACAACGUAGAGAAGGCAUUGGAGGAGGUGCGGCAGGCAGAGCAGCGCAGGAAUUGGUGUGCAUGCUCGCGGAUCAAGCUGAUAACCAUUUGCAUUUUCACGGUGCUCGUCUUCAUUGCCCUGAUGGGAAUCAUUUUUGCCGCCAAGGGAUCGGAUACGGCGGCGGUUGCCACUUGA